AAUUCAAACAUGGUAUUCCGUAUACAUAUGCAACGAUAUCUGAUACCCGUUUUAUGUCUCGAGCUGGGAUACUCCGCACACGGGUCAGUACCAUUGCUGACUUCUGCGUAGAAGCACUUUUUAUUCAUAAAAUAAUAAAUACUUAUUGGUACAAAACUUCAGUGUACACGUAAAAUACGGAUUAAACAAUGUCAUUGACCAAAGCUGUAGCGAUAACUGGAUGCGACAGCGGCCUUGGAUGGGCCAUAGCAGCGCGCUCAGCUCGUCAGGGUUUGCUUACAUUUGCGGGAAUGUUCCAGGGCACGGACACAGAUGCGUCAUUAGCUUUGAAAAAUCUAUGCGCACAUACAUACCCAAUAGAUGUGACUAAAACCGAUAGUGUGAUCGGAUUUCGAGAUUAUGUACAAGAUGUUAUUAAAGAUCAUCCAGAUUGUAAAUUAUAUGCCGUAGUUAAUAAUGCUGGGGUGAUGACAAUUGGUGACUAUGAGUGGCAAACUCCGAAAAUAAUCGAAAAUACUAUUAAUGUCAAUUUAUUGGGAGCUAUGAGAGUAGUGUCGGCGUUCCUGCCAGAACUUAGAAAAAGUGCAGCAAAUAGGUCAAUAAAUCCCCGCAUAAUCAAUGUGGCAAGCCACUGCGGGUUACAGCCGCUACCUGGCUUCGGUCCCUACAGCGCUAGUAAAGCGGGCUUGUUGGCUUGGACUCGAAGCUUGCGGCUCGAACAACGGCAACAUGGAUUACAUGCCCUUGCGUUUAUACCAGGUGGAUUCGUUAAUUCCAGUAAUCUUUUAUCAUAUCAAAUCAGCCAAGGUGAGGAUAUGGUAGAAUAUUUGUCCGAAGAACAGAGAGUUCUCUACGAGAAGAAAAUCAAGACCCUUUGCAAUUAUCUCGGUUCAGCUGCAAACGAUACAAGAUUCGAUUCCAUGAAUGAUGAAAAUAUAAUGGAAACAUUCUUUAAGGCCCUAAACGAUGAAAAUCCUAAAGAGUUGUAUAAGGUUGAAUCUUGGAGAUAUAUGUUUUAUUACAACUUAUUAAAACUACCAGUUCCCGAAGCUAUGCACCAAUGGUUAAUUAAGAAAUUUGUUAAUUUUCCUCAAAUAGAAUAAAUACACCGUUUUUGCAGGCGGGGAAGAGGUUGUUUUGUUUCAGUAAUAUUUUAUAGAUUGGCCAUAUUCCGCACAAAAUUAUCAUUUGUCUAUU